AUGCCGAGUGUAAGCCGUGUCCCGGUAACAGCAUCUCGACAUCGAAAGCGAGUCUGGAGUGUCAAUGCGAUGCCGGAUACUACAGGGCCGACGGCGAGUNUGCCUUGCACUCAAGCACCCUCGAAACCGUCACGUCUGACCGCGGUUCGAAUCGACACAACAUCCGUGAUGAUCGAAUGGGAUGAACCAUCGAUGCUGGGUGGCAGAAAGGAGUUAUGGUAUCGUUAUAAGUGUACGUCAUGUCCGCCGAGUACACGCGCAAUUCCGGCAGAGAAGACGUUUACCGGGCGACGACUCGAGCUGUCUGGACUGGAGGCGGGUGGCACGUACACGGUGAUGGUGUUCGCCGAGAAUAAGGUGUCCAAAUUCAAGAGUGAUCUGAUGAGUGAAUACGCGUUGAUCGAGUUCACUACGAGGUCAUUGACUCCGAUGUUGGUGAGUGAACUGCGUGUGGAGGGAGUGCAGCAGAACGGCGUGACGCUGGCUUGGAAUGCGCCGGUUUUGGAAGGGAAUGGCCACAGUAAU